UGAAUCAUGGCUUCCUCUAUUCACCUCUACUUCUACAUCUACGUCUGUCUCACAACAGGAAGUGUCUGGGGUGUCGACAGGCACACAAGGUUUGAGAAAAGCCUGACCUUUCGAAAUCAGCAAGUGCCGUACUACUAGGUGCCAGGUUUUUCUUUCUUUCUUUUUUUCCCCGCCACCCCCCUUCAAUUACAACCGACCUUCACUACUUUCCUGUCUGGACCUGGCCGGGUGAGUGAGCUCUUGAUGGAAGACUAUAGAGCACUGGUUUCACGUGAGUACGCGUAAACUUGCCUACUUCCUGGUGGUGUUUUUUCUUUUUUUAAUCUCCUUACGCCAUCUCGCCCGAGCAACCCUCCAGCGGCCGCUUCCACUUGGCAUGUAGACUGUCUGUAGGAGGAUCGCCAGCCAACACUUGACUUGACAAGCAGCAUUCUUCCCCUCGGCCACCUCCUGACAUGUGCUUAGGACCAUAGCCUUGAAACUAUUAACUCCAACUGGAGUGGGAUCAUCUCAGCAGUGGCUGGUCACUCGGAACUGCUUGUUUUGUAGACAAAAAGUUUGCACACUCCUUUGGAUUUUUUCUUCUUCAAGCUCUUUUUUUUCCUUUUUAUUCAUUCACUGGCAUGAAGACGUUUCGACCUCUUUGUCUUUCUAAGAUUCACUGACAAACACAUUCACUUGGCUUGACACAUUAUCUACAACCAACCACCAAAAAACAAACUCCACAAGUGACUCCACUCGUAACUGCUUACCUCUCCUGUCCUCUACUGGAGUUGGAUGGAUCAGCAGUAACUGUAGUGGUUGGUGGUGGUGAGGAGAGGAGGCAUAGGAGGAGGAGGAGGAGGAGGGAGGUGGGCCAUGUCCUUGUAGCCUGCUCAGGCCUACCGACAAGGGAGGGAGGGCGGACAAAGAGGCCAGUUGUCCCGGGCCCAGGGAGAGAGUGGGGGGCCCUAGAAUUUGGUCCUCAUUACAUUGGAUGCAUUGAGGGGAGGGGAGGUGGGGGGCCCUUUCAGAUGAUUUUGUCCCCGACCUGUGCUGUGAAAGCGUGGUCAGCGAGGUGACCUGUAGCGUGGUGAUGCGAUGCGUGUGUCCCUGAGGCGUGCCGCCUCCUCAUUGGCCUGGCUCCUGCUGCUCUUCCUAUUGGCCCGCGCCCUGCGGUGGCUCCACACCUGCUCAACGCACUCCAGCCUGGCCGGCCUCAGCAACGCAUACGUACAGGUGCGUGACCGGCAUGGGCGGCUCCACGGCUACAACCGCAGCUCUGCGCUGGUGUUUGUGGGCGGCGUGCCGCGUUCGGGCACCACGCUGAUGCGGGCCAUGCUGGACGCCCAUCCGGACAUCCGCUGUGGAGAGGAGACGCGCAUCAUCCCCCGCAUGCUGGGACUGCGGCAGGGCUGGGCAGGGGACUGGGCCGAGAGGAGGCGUCUGGAGGAGGCGGGCGUGACCCAGGAGCUGCUGGAUGCCGCGGUGACGGCCUUCCUCCUGGAGGUCAUCGCACGCCACGGGGAGCCCGCACCGUUGCUAUGCAACAAGGACCCCUUCACCCUCAAGAGCGCCGUCUACCUAUCACAGCUCUUCCCCAACUCCAAGUUUGUCCUGAUGGUUCGUGACGGUCGUGCUGCCGUCCACUCCAUGAUCUCUCGCCACGUCACUAUCUCCGGCUUCAACCUGUCCAGCUACCGCGACUGCCUGGGCAAGUGGAGCCGCGCCGUGCAGACCAUGCUGUACCAGUGCUCACAGGUGGGUUCUGAUCGCUGCCUGGAGGUGCACUAUGAGGACCUGGUGCUGCAUCCCCGCUCCAGCCUGCAGAGGGUGCUGCGCUUCCUGGGUAUGGAGUGGCACGAGGGGGUCCUGCACCACGAGGACGCCAUCGGCCGGCCCGGAGGGGUGUCCCUGUCACGCAUCGAGCGCUCGACGGACCAGGUGAUCAAACCGGUUAACCUGGAGGCCCUGACGCGCUGGGUGGGCCACAUUCCAGCGGACGUCUUGGCGGACAUGAGGAACAUCGCGCCCAUGCUGAGCCGGCUGGGGUACGACCCAGACGCCAAUCCUCCUAACUACGGGCAGCCUGAUGCCGCCGUCAUCAACAAUACAGACCGGGUGCUAAAGGGCAACUUUAAAAUCCCAUCAAACCUGAAAGGCCAACCACAGGUACCUUCGAAUGAGACUGUCCCCAAAAGAUGAAGGAGUAUACAGUAUGUAUGACCAGGAGGACUCUAAAUUAACACCAGCCAACUAAUGGGUCAAAGUGGCUAGCAAGUUGGUCUUUUCAACCAGCCAAACUGAAAUUUCACCAGCAUUUGGCUGGUGAAAAGACCAACUUGCUAGCCACUUUGACCCAUUAGUGAGUGGGUGUUUGGCUAGUGAGAUUAACAUCUACUGGCCAUUUUGGCUGGUGAUUAAUUAAUGUGGAGCCCUGUGUACCCUGCCACCCUGGCCAUGGUACAGGCAGAGACGGAUACAACAGCAUGCAGCGGAGAGGAAAACAUCCUCACGUGCCCCACAUCAGCGCUCGCUAUGCCCAGUCACAGCCCAGGCCAACAGGGGCUGAUUGUUGUGCUAAUUGGGGAUUGGACUGCAUGAAAGCAGCUUACCUGAACUGAGUGCUGCGUGUGUGUAGGCCUACAUCUGUGUGUGUGUGUGUGUGUGUGUGUGUGUGUGUGUG